AAAUGAUGUCAUAAUUAUUGGUUGUGAUGAGAUGCCAAAGCCAAUCAAGGUCUCAAUUGCAAAAAAAGAAAAACCGAAGAGACAUGUAUCUUGGAACAUACAUAAUAAAAUUAAUACUUUGGUCAUUUCACAAAAUGUUGAGAUAAAGAAACAGAAGUAUGGAUGUAUAUUAAAUGUUAAAGCUAGUGUAACUGAGAAGACAAUAACAGAAGUAAAGAAGAAGUAUUGCAAAAACUGCAAGGCAAAUUACCCAAUUGAAAAUAGAGAAUUUUGUGUAAAUAGAGUGGUACCAAAUUGUUUGAGACCAAGUUGUAAAUCCACUAUAAAAGCAAAGAUUAAUAGUAAUAAAACUAAAGUUAUUAAAAAAGUUAAAGAACAAACAAAGAAUGUAUCUAAUGAUUUAUCAAAUAUAUCUUCUUCUCCUCUACAAAAUGAUUGUAUACUUUUGUCACCAAAGGACAACAUAUAUGAAGAUAUAAGUUCAGAAAAUUUUAAUGAUGAUUCAGAUAACAAAAUUGAUGUUCUGAUUGAGAAAUCUGAACUUACAAACAAUGAAAAAGAUCCACAACACCUAUAUGGCAAGCCAUUGAACACUAGUACGCCUAAACAUAUGUUAGAGUUAAUGGAAAAACAAAAUGUUAAUGUGGAUAAAGAUAUCUCCACAGAUCCAUCUAACAAAUUAAUCAUAGUAGUAGAAGAAAGUAAUAUAAUACUAUAACUGAAAUCAGAUGUGAAAUAUUUAAAAUCUUUAAAUUUAAAGUAUUUCCAACAGAUGAAAAGCAAUAUUAAUACCAGAACUUACAGAUUGAAUUAAGAAGGAAUAUCUAGAGAAAAAUCUUGCAUAUUCACCAAAUAUAAGAUAUAUAAGAUGGUACAUAUCUUAAGAAGAUUAUCCAUACCUAUAUUUUUGUAUAUUGUCAAAUUUACUAAACAGAUAUUGGAAUAUUGAACAUAAGAGCCAAGAUUAUAUAUAAUAAUCACUGUUUUACUUAUAUUACUUAUCUACAUUUGAAUA